UUCUUACAUCAUACGCUGAUGAGUCAGAGGGACGGACAAACAAGGACCAGGAAAAAGCUGGUGUAACCCAGAGUCACCUCAGCCUCAGCAAGAAGCAGGAAAACAUAUUCAGAGAAGGAAGGCUUCUCACAAAACCAGACCGAGGAGGAAGUUGAGGGAUGACUGAAGACUUGGAGGAGCAGGAAGACGAGCUGCUCGCUCUCCAGAGUAUCUUUGAUGCGGACGAGUUUGUUCGGGAUGAGUCGAAGUCUGCCGGAGAAAUCCGAGUAUGUGUCGAGCUUCCUGCCGGCUUCAGCGUGGCUCUCAGAGAGGGUGCAGAGUCUGGUAGGGGAGAAGCUGUUUGACCGCUAUGACCGUCUCCUGCUGCAGAACACUUUGGACAGCAUGUCUGAUGUGACGUACUGUCCUCGAACAUCCUGUGGCUCUGCUGUGAUUUUGGAGAAGUCCAGCAAGGCAGCGCUUUGCUCUGCGUGUGGCUUUGCCUUCUGCGUCAUAUGCAGAAAAACCUACCAUGGAACGGGGAAGUGUGAGACCAAGAAAAAAUACCCUGAAAGAUAUAUAAUAGACCUGCCACAGUCACAAGAGGGGAUGAAGGCUCUCUGGGAGGACUAUGUCAGUGGCAGCAGGGAGAGGAAACGCCUGCUGGAAAACAGAUAUGGCUGCAAUUUACUGGUGUCCAUUAUGGAAAACAAACUAAGCAACAACUGGAUUGCCAACAAUAGCAAGAGCUGUCCUGAAUGCUUCAGCAGAAUAGAGAAGGAUGGAGGGUGUGACCGGAUGAUGUGCACUCGCUGUAAGAGGAUUUUCUGUUGGAACUGCCUCACCAGACUGACUCCAGAAAAUACAACCGAACACUUUUAUGGGGGUCAAUGUUCUUCCUAAUUCUAACCUCCCCAGCUAUCAGCUACUUGAAUGUGUUUUUUUGUUGUUGUUGUUUUUGCGUUUUUAAAUAUUUAUUGUGUACAUCUUUAAAGAUAACCUGUAUAAAGGCAGACAGGACAGCAAUUAUUUUAAAAUGUUUUUCUUUAUCAGAAAAUGGAAAAAUUGAUAUUUUACAUCUUGUUACCACGGGUUUCUUCUGUUGCUUUAAAAGUCAUUCCCAAAUGACACCAUGUGUCAUACUGUCUCAUAAUCAGCAGGGGGCACUAAAAACAGGCACAAAACACAAACUUUUGGUUCCUUAGAAAACACAAAGUGCUGUAAAUUAACAAAGAUUGCCCUCUUUGGCUGUUUUAUUUGCCUUAGACCACAAUGAAGCAUUUGCACCAAAGGUGUAUGUUCUAACUCAUUAUAAUUUGUGGCCUUCACUGUCAAUAUACUGAUCAGUUAUUCUUUCAGUUAAUGGACAAAUUAUGUGGUCAGAAAACAGACACAUUUGCCAGAGUCCUAUUUUUUUCAAACCAACAGUUCAAAAACACAAGUUUCUUUUUCUACUGAUGAACCAAAUUAACUGAGCAAGUAUUUCCCAAACUGGUGAAUUCCUCUGCUUUUAGAUGUGUUUACUACUGUUUUGCUGCUGUUAAGUACUGUUAUGGCACAAAAAUGCUCUGUGCAGUCAUUCUCACUGUAACGUUUGAACUCCGAGGGAAAAGACAGGUUCACACUGCCACAGAUAUAUGCAGGUGCAACAACUACAGGUAAAGCUUCUGACCUUGUCGUGCAUGUUUCAUUUCAAUUCCAGCAGCAGCCUACAGGUAGAUCCUGAACAUCUGGCUUCUUUCCCCUUCCUCCACUGCCCUGUGAUGACAGUGGAACAAAGACGCCAGCAUGUUUGAUUUUCUUGUCUGUCCAGGGAAAAUCCUACUUCCUUAUCACUUCCUCAUAAAUGUCUAAACAGCAGUUUGCUUUUACAACCCACUGAAGAAGACUGCACAAUGCAAGAAUAGUUUUGAAUUGUAUCAGUUACACCUUUAUUUUUCCUGCUAGCACAAACAAAAUACAUGCUUUAUUUAUUUAUUUAUUUAUUUUUUGUAAAAAGGCACAUUUACUUCCUCUCCAGACUGGAGCCACUGUAGCUCCACAAAUGCAGACUCAUCCUUUAGUUAGAACACCUUGAAACAUGGCUCCAUCACCUCCCCUUCAACCCCAACUGGUCACAGCAGAUGACUUAUUCUUCAGAACCUGGUUCUGCUGGAGGAUUCUUCCUGUCAAAGGGGAGUUCUUCCUUCCCACUGUUGCCAGGUGCAUGCUCAUGGGCGUUCAUCUGAUUGUUGGGAUUUUCUCUGUAGGAUCAUUAACUUAUGAUAUAAUACACCAUGAGGUGAGUGUUGUAGUGGUUUGGCACCAUAUCAAUAAAACUGAGUAAGUUGGAAAUGACUUUGAAAUUUCCAGUAAAUUUAUACUGACACAUACAAUUCUUAGACAGAAUUCUUAGAUAAAGAAGCAUGAAUUUACAGAAAAUAAAAACUACUGAUAAUGGUAGUGAUAACCGUCAACCUGACUUCUUGACUAUACUCAGUAUAUUUUUUUAUAAGUUUUCACUGCAAGAUUUGACUGAAGAAAACACCUGCAAUGCAUUUUCUAAAGGUGUUGGCAUUUCAUACCAGAACAAACAGCUGUCUUUGGUUUAGGUGACUUGUUUUCAUGGUUUUAGGAUGUUUCCUGAAUCUACAUAGGUUUGAAGGUGGUAGUUUUAUAUGCGCUCAUCUUUUCACUUGAACAUAUCCUAGCUUAGCAAAUUAGGAACAAACUUGCCGUGGCCAUGUACUCCAAGACAUGAACCAUCCUGUGAAAACAGACAAAUGUAAUGUAUUAAAGCCUCGUGUAGCUGAUGUGGUCUUUUAAAACAAAACAAAGCAAAA